AGAAGAGCUUCUGAAGAUCUUCUGUAAACAGGACACGUGGAUUAAACUGCUGUGCUCGUGUUCAUGGCUCAGGAGGAUAGUAAACGGCUGGUCGUGGUGGUUCCCAACGAGACGUCUGUUUUGUCUCGCCGCGUCUUCACCAGUGAGGAUGAAGCCUGGAGGGCCUACCUGGAGAACCCUCUGACUGCUGCCACCAAGGCCAUGAUGAGCAUCAACGGAGAUGAGGACAGCGUGGCGGCCCUCGGACUUCUCUACGAUUACUACAAGGUACCAAAAGACAAGAGACUUGUGCCUGUUGCUAAAAAUCAAGAGGAAGAGAAGAGACUCUGGCAUGGCGGCGUGCAGUCCGUGGAUGAGCGUAUUCAGGUUGCCAGAUCUCUCCCGGUCAACCUCUCGCUCAGCACCGACCCCCGCGAGGGGGUUAGGGAGUUGGGAACGCUGAGCGCCAUGAAGUCGGAGGUUUAUUCCAGCCUGCAGCAGGUCAGGCAGGGGUUCCAUCACGUGCACUACCAGCAGUCCGGUCAGGAGACUCACGGCGGCUACAGCAAGGACGAGCAGAAAAGCGUCCCAGACAGCACCUUCGAGGAGUCCUACACCGGAGAGAACGGGAAAUUCAGCAGAACUUCAGUUCUCACCAAUCCGGUGAUGCAGGACUCCACCUUUGAUCAGCCUGUAAUAGACACUCUUCACUACAGUGUAGAAGCCAGCUGCUCGGUGCGCCACAAACCAGGCGAGUGGCCCAUGAUCUACCUGAACCGAGGCCAGUUCUACGGCAUCACACUCAGUGCAGCGGGUACGAGUAAAGUCCUCGGACAUCCGCUCAGCAAACUGAGGAGUGUGGUGAUGGUGGUGUUCGGGGACGAGAAAUGUCGUGAAGAGCAGCUGAAGCACUGGAACUACUGGCACAGCCGCCAGCACACUGCCAAACAGAGGGUUCUGGAUGUUGCUGAUUACAAAGAAAGCUUCAACACUAUUGGGAACCUGGAGGAGAUUGCCUACAAUGCCGUCUCCUUCACCUGGGACGUUAAUGAAGAGGCUAAGGUGUUUAUCACCGUAAACUGUUUAAGCACAGAUUUUUCCUCCCAGAAGGGAGUGAAAGGGCUUCCACUGAUGAUCCAGAUCGAUACGUACAGCUACAGCAACAGGAGCAACAAACCUAUCCACAGAGCGUACUGCCAAAUCAAGGUCUUCUGUGACAAGGGAGCUGAGCGGAAGAUUCGAGAUGAAGAAAGGAAGCAGAAUCGGAGGAAAAUGAAGGGUCACAUGGCUGCAGGGCAGGGUCAUACUGACCUGGCAGGUAAGCGAGGAGGUCCAGGCACGUUCCUGCAGAAGAAGUCAGACGUCACGUUUUUCAAAUCCAUGACUGAUAUGGAGUCUCAGCCCGUGCUCUUCAUCCCGGACGUUCACUUCAGUAACCUGCAGAGAUCCUCACAGGUACUUGGAUGUGGUGCUGAAGAAAUGGAGAGCGAGUGUGUUAUAAAGAAGAUCCUCAGACGGUCAGACAACGACUCCGGUCCUCCACCAGCCAAACAGAUCAAAAGCGAGGCAUCGAGACGAGUUCUGCUGUACGUAAGGAGAGAAUCAGACGAGGUUUUUGAUGCGUUAAUGCUUCAGUCUCCGACAGUAAAAAGUUUGAUCGAGGCUAUAUCAGUUAAAUACUCUCUUCCUGCUGAGAGGAACAUUAAAAUCUACAAGAAGAGUAAAAAAGGGAUUCUGGUGAACAUGGACGACAACAUCAUCGAGCACUACUCCAACGAGGACGCCUUCAUACUGAACAUCGACUCUCAGUCCGAGUGCUGCCAGGUCACGCUCAUGGAAAUAUAACGGCUGUAUUGUUACGACUCUCAGUCCAUCCUGAGU